AUGGCGGGGGGGUUCGUCAAGACCCAGAAGACCAAUGCUUACUCCAAGCGUUUCCAAGUGAAGUUCAAGAGAAGGCGUGCUGGUAAGACAGACUACAGGGCAAGGAUAAGGUUGAUUAACCAAGACAAGAACAAGUACAAUACGCCCAAAUACCGAUUUGUUGUGCGAUUUACCAACAAGGACAUCACUGCACAAAUCGUAUCUGCAAGUAUUGCGGGUGAUAUGGUUCUUGCUGCUGCCUAUUCCCAUGAGCUGCCACGAUACGGUCUAGAAGUUGGUCUGACCAACUAUGCUGCAGCCUACUGCACUGGUCUUCUUUUGGCUCGUCGUGUGCUCAAGAUUCGUGAUUUGGAUCAGGAGUAUGAGGGCAAUGUUGAGGCCACUGGUGAGGACUUCUCUGUCGAGCCAGCCGAAGGGAGGAGGCCUUUCCGUGCACUCUUGGAUGUCGGCCUUAUUAGGACUACCACUGGAAACCGUGUCUUUGGUGCCCUGAAGGGAGCUUUGGAUGGUGGUCUGGAUAUUCCUCACAGCGAUAAGAGGUUUGCUGGCUUCAAGAAGGAUGAUAAGCAGCUGGAUGCUGAUAUCCACCGCAAGUACAUCUAUGGUCUCCAUGUUGCUGAGUAUAUGAAGAAUCUGGCUGAUGAGGAGCCCGAGAAGUACCAGGCUCACUUCAGUGAGUACAUCAAGAAGGGAAUUGAGGCUGAUGAAAUGGAAGCUCUGUACAAGAAGGUCCAUGCUGCCAUCCGUGCUGAUCCUAGCAUGGCUAAGUCAACAAAGAAGCCACCAAAGGAGCACAAGAGGUACAAUCCCAAGAAGUUGACCUAUGAGCAGAGGAAGGCCAGCCUCGUGGAAAGGCUCAACGCCCUCAACUCCUCUGGCGGUGCCGAUGAUGAUGAUGAGGAUGACGAGUGA